CAAGCGCUGUAACCCGAAAGAGGGAGUUCAGAAACGCUGUGGAAUAGACGUAUCGAGCUAACGACUUAUUGCUUACUGCAAUUAUUUCACGGUUAUAGGGAUUCCGUAAACAACUGUUAUACUAAUCAACUUGUUUGUCCUUUGCCUCUCUGCGUGAGCUGGUAAAGAUGAAGCCAGACAUCCACACUCUGGCCCAUCACCUGAAGCAGGAGCGGCUGUAUGUGGCCUCAGAGAAGCAGCUGAUCCAGCGGCUCAAUGGGGACGUGCUGAAGACUGCUGAGAGGCUGUACCGUGCUGCCUGGAUCACCAAGCAGCAGAGGAUCAACCUCGACCGGCUCAUCCUCACCAGUGCUGAGGCUUCCCCGGCCGAAUGCUGCCAGCAUGCCAAAGUGCUGGAGGACACACAGUUCCUGGAUGGUUACAAGACUCUGGGCUUCCAGGAGAGCAUCUACGGGGAGUUCCUGGGCCGGGUGCGGGAGAAUCCCCGGCUGGUGGCCUCCUGCCUGGUGGCUGGGGAGAGGCUGAACCAGGAGCACACACAGGGGGUCAUUUACACUGUUUUCACCUCACUCUAUGGCAACUGUAUCAUGCAGGAGGAUGAGAGCUACCUCUUGCAGGUCCUGCGAUACUUGGUGGAGUUUGAGCUAAAGGAGAGCGACAACCCUCGGCGGCUGCUGCGGCGAGGCACGUGCGCCUUCAGCAUCCUCUUCAAGCUCUUCUCUGAGGGGCUGUACUCCGCCAAGCUCUUCCUCACCGCCACCCUCCACGAGCCCAUCAUGCAGCUGCUGGUGGAGGACGAGGACCACCUGGAGACGGACCCCUCCAAGGUGACAGAGCGCUUCACGCCGGCGCAGCAGGAGCGCCUGUUUGGGGAGAAGGGCUCGGAGGGCUACAGGCAGAAGGUGGCGGCUGCUGUGGAGGCCAAUGAGGCCAAGCUGGUGACCCUGGUCAACAAGUUCAUUGGCUACCUGAAGCAGAACACCUACUGCUUCCCCCACAACCUGCGUUGGAUUGUGUCUCAGAUGUACAAGACGCUGUCGUGUGUGGAGAGGCUAGAGGUGGGCGAGGUGCGGACCAUGUGCACGGACCUGCUGCUCACCUGCUUCAUCUGCCCAGCCAUAGUCAACCCUGAGCAGUAUGGCAUAAUCUCAGAUGCCCCUAUCAACGAGGUGGCUCGCUUCAACCUCAUGCAGGUAGGGCAGCUUCUUCAACAGUUGGCAAUGGCUGACGGUGAUGGAGACCCCAGGAGGAAAAACAGUUUGGCCAAGUUCGAUAAGAGCUGCGUAGCUGCCUUCUUGGAUGUGGUAAUCGGAGGGAGAGCUGUGGAGACGCCGCCCAUGUCCUCCUUGAACCUACUUGAAGGCCUCAGCAGGACUGUGGCGUACAUGACACACAGUCAGCUGCUCUGCCUGGUGGACUUUGUACGGAGUGUGAUGGCAGGGGACCACCUCCGGGAGGAGGAGCACAUAAUCCUGGAGACCCUAAUGGCCAACGUGCCCCAGUCCCGCACAGUGAAGAGCAACAGUCUGGAGCUCACCCCCUCCAACACCCCCCAGCUUUCCCCAACCACCACCCCCGCCAACAAGAAGAACAGGAACUUAGCAGCCUCCCGCAGUCGCAGCCGUACUGAGCUGGCCCAGCAGGAGGAAGCAGAGGCCAGCUCCAUGGAAUCCCUGCAGGAGGUGAUGCCAGAAGAGGUCCUGGUGAUCUCACUAGGAAGCAGCCUGCAGACCAUCCCCGGCAUGAUGUCAGAGAAUGAGGUGUUGACCGUGCAGCAGACUGAUGGAGCACAAGGGUACACUCCUGUAGACGACACCAAGCACCAUUGCAAACCAGACAAAACCCUGCGUUUCUCCCUCUGCAGUGACAACCUGGAGGGUAUCUCAGAGGGUCCGUCCAACCGGUCUAACUCUGUGUCGUCUCUGGACCUGGAGGGAGAGUCUGUGUCAGAGCUGGGAGCUGGGCCAUCAGGGAGCAAUGGGGUGGAGGCUCUACAACUGCUGGAGCAUGAACAUGCCACCACUCAGGACAACCUGGAUGACAAACUGAGGAAGUUUGAGAUACGAGACAUGAUGGGCCUGACAGAUGACCGGGAUAUCUCUGAGACUGUGAGUGAGACCUGGAGCACAGACGUGCUGGGCAGCGACUUUGACCCCAACAUAGACGAAGAUAGACUGCAGGAAAUAGCUGGGGCGGCUGUAGAGAACAUGCUGGGCAGCCUGCUGUGUCUACCAGGCUCUGGUUCAGUGCUGCUAGACCCAUAUGGAUCCACCAUCUCCGAGACCACCAGCGAGGCCUGGAGUGUGGAGGUCCUGCCCAGCGACUCAGAAGCCCCAGACCUGAAGCAGGAGGAGCGUCUACAGGAGCUAGAGAGCUGCUCAGGGGUGGGCAGCACCUCCGAUGACACAGAGGUCAGAGAGGUCAGCUCUCGGCCCAGCACCCCAGGGCUCAGCGUCGUCUCAGCGACAUCAGAAGACAUCCCCAACAAGACAGAGGACCUGCGGUCAGAGUGCAGCUCGGACUUUGGGGGGAAGGACUCUGUGACCAGUCCAGAUGGGGAGGAGUCAUCCCAUGGAGCACAUCACAGUUUGGCCUCUCCGCCCUCUCAGGCUGACUCCUUACUGGCCAUGUUUGAUCCCCUCUCUUCCGGCGAAGAUUCCUCCACUGGUACCAUCGUGAGGCCCAAGGUGCACUACGCCAGGCCCCUUCAUCCUCCCCCUGACCCUCCCAUCCCAGAGACCUGUGCCCUGGGCCAGGAGCCCCGCUACUCCCUGUUCACGCCCCACUGCCUGGCCCAAGCCGAGCUGGAGCACACCAAGCAGCGCCACUCCUACACAGACAGGCUGGUACGCAGCCGCAGCUCUGACAUUGUGUGCCCAGGCCGCCGACCCACCAGCGACCCGGGCCUGAACCGCAGGGCUGCAGCCGAGGAGCGGGACCAUGCCGGGGCCUUCUUUAUGGGUCCGUUCUCGUCUCCUAGCAAGGACUCCCUGAAAGGAGAGGUUGAGGAGAGAAAGGACAGUGAUGAGGAAAAGUCUGAUCGCAACAGACCGUGGUGGAAGAAACGCUUUCAGUCAGCCAUUCCUAAAGCUCCGAUAGCAGCCUUACGGAAAAGGGACAAGCAGGAGAAAGACAAUAUGGGCCAUGAACGUGUCCCACAAGACGACCCUCUGUUCAGGAACUCCCAGGCCCAGGCAGCAGAAGACAUCCUUGACAAGUACAGGAACAUCAAGAGGACCAGUCCCAGUGAAGGAGCCACUGCUGCAGCCUACGACGCCACAGAGUUGUGUGGAGAGGAGUGUGUGCACAACUCCCCCAGAGACGAAGCUCUGCAGAACAUGUCCACAGACGACCUGCCAGACUCAGCCAGCCAGACAGCCCAGCAACACGAUUCCAACAAGUUCUCAUUCAGUGAUGCAAAGAAGAAGUUGAGGCUGGCCUUGUGUUCAGCAGAGUCUGUGGCCUUCCCUCUCAUGGCUCCUGCCACCACACGCAAUGGGCUGCCUGACCACACAGACUUUGAAGACAACGAGAUCGUGUGCUUCCUGAAGGUCCAGCUGGCGGAGGCCAUCAACCUGCAGGAUAAGAACCAGAUGGCCCAGAUCCAGGAGACCACGCGCUGCGUCAGCCGCUUCGACACACGCACCUGCAAGAAGCUGCUGGCUGCCAUUGCUGAGGAUUACAGGAAGCGGGCACCCUACAUAGCGUAUCUGACGCGGUGUCGGCAGGGCCUGCAGACAUCCCAUGCCCACCUGGAGAGGCUGCUGCAGAGGGUGCUGAGGGACAAGGAGGUGGCUAACCGCUACUUCACCACAGUCUGUGUUCGCCUCCUACUGGAACACAUGGAGGCUAAGUCCCUGGACUUCAUCAAAGCCUUCCAGGGGUGCACAGCGUCAGACGACAAGACGGCGGCGGUGGAGGACUUCCUGCGCUACCUGUACGGGGCCAUGGCCCAUGAUGCAAUCUGGCAGUAUGCCAGCGAGGAUCAGCUGCAGGAUGCCCAGAUGGCCAUCGAGCGCAGCGUCAUGAACCGCAUCUUCAAGCUGGCCUUCUACCCCAACCAGGACGGAGACAUCCUGAGAGACCAGCUUCUUCAGGAACACAUAGCACGUCUCUCAAAAGUGGUGACAGCGAAUCACAAAGCUCUUCAAAUCCCAGAGGUGUAUGCGAGGGAGGCUCCCUGGCCGUCUGCCCAGUCAGAGAUCCGGACCAUCAGUGCCUACAAGACCCCUCGGGACAAAGUGCAGUGUAUUUUACGCAUGUGUUCCACCAUCAUGAAUCUCCUGAGUCUGGCCAACGAGGACUCUGUCCCCGGAGCUGACGAUUUUGUCCCUGUGCUUGUCUUUGUCCUGAUAAAGGCAAACCCGCCUUGCCUGCUGUCCACUAUUCAGUACAUCAAUAAUUUCUACGCCAGCCGGCUGAGUGGGGAGGAGUGCUAUUGGUGGAUGCAGUUCACCGCGGCAGUGGAAUUCAUUAAGACCAUCGACGAUCGCAAGUGA